GUUUUUGGAACAGCGAUGGGAUCACCAGUAUCGGUAGAAAUUGCUAAUUUAAUAAUGGAAGUCGAACAAAGAGCUUUAGCCUCUGUUCUGGUAUUUCUAUCGUUUUGGAAACGUUUCUUCGAUGAUGUCAUAUCUGCGGCUUAUAGAAAUGAAAUCGAUAUUCCGCUGCAACAUAAAUGGACUUUCAGCUUCUUUAGAUUUGAAUGUUCACAGAACUGUCGAAAGGAAGUUAGAGACUGAUGUUUAAAUUAACACAAACUCAUACACCGUGCACAGACAAAUAUUUGUCGUACGACUCUCAUGACGGCCAGUAAGCCAUAAAAGAUCCGUAGCAAAAACUUUGCUUCAAAGAGCUGAAACCUUGCCGUCAAACAGUAAUUCUCAUGCUAAUGAACUUGAAUAAUUAUGCACUAAAUGUUUUGGGGGAAAACGAUUGCCAAAAACAUGUUCUCAAUGAUUGCAUGAGAUCUGUUUGUAGGAACCAAAAUUACUCCGAGGGUGAUACCUCUGUUAGUCAAAGGUUAUGCAAUAGUUCCAUACAUUCGAGGUGUCACAGAGCCAAUCAAGAGAAGGAAAAAUCAGCUUUAGCGGAACAUGUGUAUGACACCAAACACAAGAUUACGUUGGAAAAUUGUAAAGUAAUUACCACAAAUAUAUCGCUAUGGUCAAAAACUAUGCCUAGAAGCGUGGCAUAUAAAUAUGAGUAAUCUUGCUUUAAAUAUAGAUAACGGUGGCCAUUUGCCAGAGGAAUACACGCAUCUUGUUGGCAGGUGACGUCUUCCUUUGUGUAUUUAAAAAGAUACGAUUGCAACUUUAGAUCACCUCUGAUGAAGACACUGGACUGGAGUGUCGAAACGUUUGGUCUUGAUUACACUAUUCGACUGGGCUUUGUAUUCAUUUAUUUAAACCAAAGUAGAAAGCGAAAACAUGAUUGAUAUAACUGGGUGCAGUGAACGAACAAACUUUAUAUUGAACAAAACCUUAACAAUUAAGUGGGUAAUAAUUAUGGACAUAACUAAUUUAGCAUACUUUGUACUAUCAUUGAACAAAUUUGGGCUAAAUUUGUUAAAAACAUUUAAAAUUUAAUUUUUUAGAAUAUAGGCGACGUGCCAAGUAUAGCCUUAAUUUAAUACAAAAAUGUACUUUUGUUCGGUAGUUUUUAAUCGACUCGUAUAUUUGGAAUGAUACAUAAGACGUAUACUUCAAAGGCUAAACACCAAUCUUUAUGAAAUAAUAGAACUCAAUUCACCAAUGCACCUUCGAACGCACACGAAGGGCGCGGUGAAUUUAGACUACUUUUGUUUACAUAAAUGUAAUAACUAAUUGCACUUUUUGUUAAAACAGAUGGCAUCCAACCUGUGAUAUUUAUGGAAUUCCAUCCAAGUGCAGUAACAACAGUGGGAUCUAAUAUCCAACUAUAUUGCAACGCGUCGGUAGUCGGACUGACUAAUCCGCGCACACAUGAUAGUAUUUCUCUUCGUAUUGUUAAUGACAGAAAUGAGAAACUUAACGAAUCUACCACCCAAGAUAGAACGGUAGAAUGUACAUUUGAUAUCAAGACCGUCACUCAUUCGGAUGCUAGGUUAUAUGUAUGUUUGGCCAAGCUAAGUCAAGGUACUCAAGGAUGCUCAAGAAAGACCAGGACACUAAUAGUUAAAGGUAAAUUCUCUUCCAUAGCUGAAAAUUAAAUUUUUAUCUUCUUAAAUCCGAAACCAUGCGUGUCCUUAACUAUAAUGGGCCUUCUGAUUGUCUCAUUUAUAUCGCGUGACACAAGGACAUAACUCUCAGCCUCUGGUUUGCGCCCAUAUAUGAACAAGGAAGUUAGUCAAUUAAGAAAAGUUUUCAAAACCGAAAGAUUGCUCGAAAAUUGUAAAACUUAUAUGUAAAUGUUGCUUUCCAGUAAAGCGUUUUAAUUUCGCACGUUCGUACACGUAGCUACGGAAAAGUUUAAAAUAUGAUAUUCAAUUAACGAGGGACUUAUGAAAUAAUUAGUAUAGCAGGUUUGGUAGUAGGAUGGUUUACAUGCACAAAGGGAUAACGUUUUUCAAAGAGCAUCAAAAUAUCACGAGUUCGAAGGAAGAAUGAGUUCUAUUUGAGGUCUUUGAAAAACUUGCGGGUGCUUGUUUCAUCCAAAUUCAAGAGAAACUGUCUAUUACGUAUCAAUAAUAUACAUAAAAAUGUUCGAAACAAUUGUAGUUUUAACUUAUGUUCAUAAGGCGAACAGUCAACUGGUAAAACUUUCCUGCCUUGUUAUGCCACAACACACAAUGGUAACGGUUUGAAAAUUUCACUCCAUUAUGUCAAUUUUGUUAUUCAAGAUUUUUAAGGUACCUCUUUUCCAUUUUAAAAAGAGAUGAAUGUCAUAUUUUUCACCCGAACUCAACUUCUAAUAUAUGUAGCUGGGUCACUUUUGACGGUGACUUGAAAACUGCUUUAAACUGAUUAUUUUUUUGAACAAUCAGAUCAGUUUACAGAAUUAUGCGCCGCUGUACAUGUUCGAGAUUAACUGCACUGAAAUCAACGAAUCAUAUUCGAGUAAUAUACUUUUGUAUAUUAUUAAAAUAAAAGGACAUAAUUUAAUAGUUGUAAUAAUAAAUGUUGCGUGACGUAAAAUGUAUUUGUUGAGGUAAUUAGUACUUAAAAUUCUUCCGUGCGUAAAUUAGAGGUGCCUAUGAAAAACGCUUAACUGCAUGGAAAACAGUCUUAAGACGAAGAAAAAGAAGUAUUUAUUUAUUCCUUUCCAUAGUCGGUUUACAUAUUAAAUUUUAAUUUUGUAGGGUUUCUGGCCAUCAGAAAUAACCAUAGAUGGUUAAAAAUGCCUAUAGCGCCCAGACGAAUGAAAUUGUCCAAGAAUAAAUAAUUAAUUGCAGAUGGUCACAAAACAAUACACACAUAUAGUCACACAAAACAAAAGGAAACACAAAAAAAAACAUCACAAAGUUGUAGAUUAUCAUUCAAUACUGCAUUUGCAAAAUCAAGACCAAGAUAUGAACAUGGAGGAUCUGUAGUCUGUAAAUGACGGAGCGUUAAUUCGUAGUGUACAGUUGAACUUGAGAGGAGUUACCUGUCUUAUAUAUUUAUGCAUUCAAAUGAAUUGGACAAAUUGAAUAACUUGAAAUGUAAAAAAUAAAUUUUCAAUGAUUUAGCUGUUUGAUCCUGACCUUUUUAUGCAUAUCCAACUAAAUUCAGUAAAAUUUUGUUAUAUUGGUUAUAGAUUGCACAGACAACAAAGGUGACAAAUUUCAUGUUAAUGCUGUUCUCACCGAAAGAAUGACUAUCUCAUAUCAAUGGAAAUAUCAGGUGGAAAUCUGCGACCAAUCAUAUCGUGUAUUUUGGUCAAAUCAAGGACCAGUUGAUUUAAAUUCAAGUUCAUUGAUGUUACCUCUAAACGUCACAUCCUACGAAAUUACAGAUUUGGGUAAGAAAAGGUUUGGACUACGAUUGACCAUGUCUGCGUUUUUUUUUCAAGAAAGCCUUGUUACAGUAUUAGAUAAUUUUGUAUAUUGAUGUAAUAUUGAUCAUACAUAUUUAUAGAACCAAAUUCCAGACGUGAAUACUGGGUUGGAAUGGCUGUUCAAACAAGCAAAGGGCUUUCAAGAAUAUACAGAGUUAGAAAGUCUUUUGGCCCAAGUAAGGCAUGUUGAAUUGUUAAUCAUCAUAUUAUCAAUUUAGUUGUAACAUGCAUUUGACUGCUAUUAAUUAGUUGGUCAAUAUUCUUGAAAAGGUUAAGUAAUAAGAUAAGUGAUUGUAUAUUAUAAUCAAGAAACGGUAUACCGUGUCAGAAAUAAAUAAUAUUAUUAUAUAUCAAUAGUCAAAGUCGCAUUUUUCUAGUGUUUUAUCGGUUGAGAGCAUAUCACGUGAGAGUGACGAAAUUAGGCAGUCUCCCUCGCAACAGCGCGAGAGGGGGAUAAUACGUUAUCGACCGGCGAAUAACAAAAAAAAUCACGUGCGCCAUCACGUGAAGAUGUGACCUUUGGACAUGCCUAGUACGUAAUUAAAACUUUCGCUUUAAGUAACUGCAGUGUAGCCAGUUUUUAAUAUAACGUUUCAACAACAAAAUAUUUCAUGUAUUUACGUUCAUUUGCUCUUUAAUUUGUUGUUUCUUUGACUAUUGAUAUAUAAUAAAACAAUUAUUACUGAGACCAAGGGAAAGCAGCCCUCUUCUUCGCCUCGAGAAACAUCUAUGGUCUCGGGUCCACAAAACACACUGUUUCCCUCGGUCUCAGUAAAUAAUUGAUAAGUAUUAGUGAUACUUUGUGUUACAAAAUUAUUUUACCUUGGGUUCACAUAUAUUUCAGUGUUUCACACUGUCUAAAGGUAGAAGCUUGGCUCUAUACUCGAAGUCGUCAAGAAAAAGAGAAGACCUUUUUUAUACAGCUUUUCGACUUCAUCUAUUUGCAGUUUGUACGAGCAAUAAAGAUGGACGCUUCUCUAUGAAUGGCAGUAUUACAAAAAACAACACCAUUUCCAUUAAUUGGAAUUACGAGCCAGAAAGUUGUGAUGAAAGUUUCGCUAUAUAUUGGUCAAGAAAUGGUCCAAUAUCAAAGUUUUCACAACCACAGCAGUUUGUCAAAAACACAAACAUCACUUCGUUUGAGACCAAAGAAUUAGGUAAUGGUAAAAUGACUUUUCAAGAAGAUAAUUAUUAUAUAUUUAAAAAAUAGUACCAGAAACAGUGGCUGCAUGUUCAUUAUACAGAAAGUCUACCCUGGUUCCAGUACUCUCGUUUCUUUCUCCGCGCAAUGUUCCUCUGGAACCAGCGUACAGAAAGCCCCGUUUUCUGUUUGAAAUGGAUCUGGUAUUUACACACAAAAUUCAUUAUCAAAUCAUUAUUAUUCAAUUAAUUAUAGAAAACCUUGGUGGUGUUACGAACAUUUUACGAGCUCUGAACUUAGUGAUAUUGUGUUGACAAUUUCAUGCAAUGUCAUAAAACCUGAUUAGCGCUAGCUGUUAGAAUAAGCUCUUACGAGUACAUCGCAUUAUUGUAAAAUCCAUGGGAAUUUCUUUCUAAUGAAGUGAGCUUUUAUUGCUAUAUUUUGCAUGAAUUUUCUUUAUUAGAAUCAGAUACUCAAUACUGGAUCGGCAUGGCCGUGAUUACAACAAACGGGAGUUCGAAAAUAUAUGUGUAUAAUGGGACAUUAAUAACGGGUAAGUUUCCAAAUAAAUAUAACUACACAUAAAACUUACAAUUUUAAUUUUUCUUUUUCGCUUUUACAACACAACCGUCAUGCUUGUAGAUGAAACUUCCAAGAAUGCGAUACGAUACGAGACAACACACACAAAAGUGACAAAACAAAACAAAACAAAACGACACAACACAACACAACACAACGCAACGCGACGCGACGCGAAAAAACAGACGCACAAUAAAAUUAAAGAGGAAAGAAUAGAAUGGAGUGGAGUGAAGAAGAGUAGAAUAGAUUAUGUUUUUCUUAGGUAGUAUCUCUAAUAGGGUUUUUCAUUAACUUUGUUUUUAGCAGCAAUUGAUGACGCCGGUGAUCCUGGUAAAGACAGUCGCAAAGAGAAUGACCUAACAACGCCUGUCGUAAUAUUCAUUAUUUUAAUUAUUUGCUUGCUUGGCAUUGCCUGUACGGUUUUCUUGGUGGUCAAAAAACGAAGACGAAAGUCGCAUGAUUCUGUAGGUGUACAUAGUUAUUGUUAUUGUAGUGAAAAUCUGGAAUUUAAUAAUUUGGUUGCACAUGCGCAUGCGUGUGACGCAGAACAAGAUUUUCAAAUUAUUUCGAUAUUUGUGCACCAUGCAUUAUGUCAUUAACAUUAUGUCUUUGCGCCUCUAGAUACCGGUUGUUCAAAUGACAAACGGAGCAGCUCAGAACCUUGACAUACUUUAUCCUGAAACAGAAAGCACAGGAAUAGUCAACGUACCACCUUUAUCCCCCAAAACCCUGCUUGAUGACGUAUUUGAAGAAAAUGAAGAAAUUGGUGAAACUGAGAAAACCGAUGCAGGUAUACAUUAACUGGUAGAGAGGGAGGAAAGCUAGAAUGUUCAUGAUUUUCCAAUUAGACCAUAAUUACAUGCAAAAGUAAUCACUCUACUAUACGUUCACAAAACUAACGUUUUAUCUCAAUUUUGAAACGUUUGUAUUGCAAAUGUGAAGCAAUAUUGAAAGAUUGAGGUUGAUCAGAAAUCAGAAGAGCCCAUUUUGACGAAUUUAGAUUUGAAUGUCGUAUACAUUAAGUUUCAAUUUGCAUCAUGUACAUCCAAAUGCACUCAAUUUUGAGAUUCAACCGUUAUAUUAAUACCUGUGGCGGGGAAGGGAGUUUUCUCGCACCACACGUAAGGCGGAUUUCCAGUCCUCGCACGAAGCUCCUCGCAGACGUUCUGCGAGUGUUUUGCCGCUCGCAGGAAAUAGUUCAAAAUUUUGAACUAUUUUUACUCACUGCGAGAGGUCGCAAUAAUAAACCAAUCAUAAAACAGCUUACAAUCACAUGAUAAUUUGUUUUCAAAAUGGCAGCUAGAUGGAGUGAUGAAAAUAUAGAAAUUUUAGUAGUUUUCUGUAUUCGACUUAUGAAUUAGUGGCUUUACCAAAUUGUGUAGGUAAUCAAAUUGGUUUGGUAACAUCCUGAAAUAAUUGAAGUAGCCUUCGUGGUCUUCCUCCCCUAAUUCUUUAAAUAUUGUAAAAAAUUCACUUAAUUGUGCUCACGUUUGGAAUAUUGGUCUUACCCAAAACCGUCGACUUCGCAAUAUCAACGUACAAAAUGAACUCUUCCCGUCACUACCUAGCCUGCGAACGGGCAUGCCAUGAUUACGAGAUUGGCGUGUGGUGGAAACGGAAUGACAUUGGUGCAUGCGAGUACUCGCAGCCAGUUGCGAGGAGCUUUGUGCGAGGACUGGAAAUCCGCCUUUAGACCAGCAGAAAAGCCAGGUGCCCCAAUUUUAUUACAUUAUUGCAGGCGUUAUUUAUCCAAUUUAACAUAAAAUGUAUACAAGAUAUACGCAAUCGUAGUCGUUCCAAUAUUGCUAAAGUAUAAAUACAGAGCGUAUAUAUCUUUUAGCGCAAUGGACAAAACUACUAUACUAAUCUUGUGCAACAUUUCAUUAUAAUUAUGCAAUCGGAAUGUUUCUGAAUAGUAUUCGGCUUCCAAUUACCCUGCUUGCGAGAGGUUCUCGUAUAUUUCGCCUUACUCCCGCUCGUAUAUAUUUUUCGGGAGGCGAGGAGAACGUCUGGUGCACGCGAUAUGAAUCUCAUUUCCUUUGGUAGAAUCUUUGUACCACGCACAUGAUUGGUUAGUCAUAAUUAGCAGUCACAUGAAGUGAUGUGAUUGGCUAGACAAAAUGAUUUGUUUAUAAUCGCAGAGCACGAUGUAAACAAAAUACAAAAAUAAUACAAACGUAUUAAAAUGCUUUUAUACUUGGCGUGGGUUAUUCGAAAUUAACUUUGUUUGUUCCACUAAGAAGUUAAAAAGAUUUUCUGCGCUGGAGAAGAGCUGCCAUCGCGGCAUGACUUGAUUUGACGGCAUGAAAUGUUCACUCUAUUAAUAUUUGUAAAAUAUAAAUUAUUGCUCACUUGCUUUAAUUAAUAUAUAUCGUUCAAGGUUUUAAAUUUGGGUAAUUCUUUGACUUUAAUAUAUCGUUAUUAAUACGAUUUAUUUUGCCAAUAUUUUCCCACCGUUGUCCUUUAAGGACAACCAUGCAUACUGGCUCCGUUGCACGUAUAGAAAUUAGAUAUAAAUAUUAUUCUUUCACUUUUGACUUAAUUUAUUUAGCUUAACUUUUGACUUACUUAUUUAGUGCUUAUUUUUAAUAUUUUAAAUCGCCUGAAUAGAGUUAUUUUGGUAGUAUGACAAACUCGGAAAUUUAAAACACGUCACAAUUUAAAACCGGUUUUGCAAGUUCUCAAACGGCAACUCAGCAUGCAAGUGAGAUUUAUAUCGCGUGCCACCAGAGGUUCUCUUCGCCUCGCGUAAAAUAAGUACGAGCGGGAAUAAGGCAAUAGAUACGAGAACCUCUGGCAACCAGGGUAGCUUCCAAGGAGAGCUUAUUUUAUCGACUUUACUUUUUUGUGGCUCCCUGGAGAGUCUCACCUUCCUUGCGUUAUUAGAGAAUUUACGAUUCACGACGCGGCUAGAGAAGCGCGUAUUGAAAGUUUGGUAACUAGCGCGGCCAACGCGCGUCUUGUGUAAUUCCAACGCGUAGUCCAUGAUUCUGCGACGGAACUUUGUCAAUUUGACGUUGUGAUCACCACCCUGCGAAUUUCAAGUGAGUAUCGAAUACUUUUAUAUUGAAAACGCGAUUUGAAGUUCUUAACAUUUUAUUUUUGAUGAAGUAGUACGAUUACAGUUUUGGUGGUGUUUAAACAAAAAUUCUCCAUAAUUUUCCCGCCAAAAAAAAAUUUUACGUCAGCGCGUUGUGUUUCGUAACGUAGAGAACAGAAUAAGACGACCAAGCCUUUCUAACGCUUUUCUCUCGCCGCGUCGUGGAUCGUAAACGUACUCUAUUCUUCGCCACGACGUGUGAACUCAGAAAUCAGCAAGCUGGAAGUAUUGAAGAAAAAAAUUUUAUUUCAUUUAUUUAUAUGCCAUCAUUAUAUGUAUACAGUGACUGACUGGUAAACCACAACAGCUAUUGCCAAUACUGUUGCCCGAAUACGGUACAGAUUAAACAAUUUACAAAGUACAGUUACUACAAACACAACACACAAUACUUGGACAAUAGUCAUUACAUAAAGUCUGGAAACAACAUGCCAGAUCUUCAGACUGCGAGUGAAAUUUGAUGCACACUCUUUUCCAUGUGCGGGAUCCUCAACGUUGUAUCGUAGUUUCAAAUGCUACAAUGUCGGAAUGUAAUAUAAUGAGUUCCAUAUUCUGGUUGCUCGGAUCUUGUACUCGGAUUUUGUACUCUUUAUCUUCUUGUAGCGUCUGAAUACCUGACAGUUCUUGAUGAAUGGGAGAUAUCUCGUGAUCAACUUUCCGUGACCAGCAUGGGGCUUGGUUCUGGCCAAUUUGGAAUUGUAAAGAAAGGAACAUUUCGCACACAUGAUGAAAAUGGAGAAGAUAUUGAUCUUCCUGUUGCAGUGAAAACUCUUAAAGGUUAUCAAUAUUCCUUUAUAGCGGUAUAAAAAUGAGUCGGGAAGAGGAGUCAGUUUCUAAUGUGCAUGUGAAUGAGUCUUUGCCUAUUGUGACCUGAAUACAAUAAUUAAGAUCUAUUAUGUAUACUAUGCUGAAAAAAAAGUCCCCAUUAAGUACAUGUAUUUUUCCUUAAACAAUGGACCUUUCACCUUUUGACUAAAAUUUAGAUUUCAACAAGUCUAGACAAAAAUUUUAUCACAGCUUGAAAGAGCAUCACAAAAUUAGUAAUAUUCCGAAGUUUCGUUGCGAAAUGUUGUAAAAUGUGGAUAAUAUAGCCUUGCGAAGUUUGUAAUUUUCAGUCAUUUUGUAUUACAAACGGGAAAUACAUACCCUUUUUCCGAAGGAGGUAUGUAUUUCCCGCGCGUAAUACAAAAUGACUGAAAAUGGCAAACUUCGCAAGGCUAUAUUAUCCGCAUUUUACAACAUUUCGCAACGAAACUUUGGAAUAUUACUAAUUUUGUGAUGCUCUUUCAAGCUGUGAUAAAAUUUUUGUCUAGACUUGUUGAAAUCUAAAUUUUAGUCAAAAGGUGAAAGGUCCAUUGGAACAUUCAUACUUAUACAACUCCAAAGCAACCAGCCCAUCCAAUUGUUUAAACUUUAAUUUAAAUAUCAAUAAAAUUGAAAUAACGUGUAACUCUUAUAACAUAUUUCUUCUUUCAACAGACAAGGCAACGGAAAUAGAUCGUUCAGAUAUAGUAACGGAGCUACGCAUAUUAAAAUUCGUCAACACACUCCCACACCCAAAUAUACUGAAACUAAUUGGCGCUUGCACUUCUGAACGUAAGUAGUUGCAAACUAUUGUAUAUCGUAAUUUUUGUUGAGAUAUUCGACUAUAUUUUCGGUUAUGCCGAAGUAAUUAAUUUUAUCGUUUUUUACAACGCCUCGAGAUAUGUCUUGGAGGGAUUCCUCUCUCCAACGUCUUCUUGGAAGUAGUUGCAGCAAAAAUCGUUGCAUGCGCCAAUACAAAGCUAGAAUGGUUCGUCACCUUGUGCAAAAUUUUUGGGAGCUCAAGAUUCACCAGUACAUUUCGUUGAUUGCUUUGCAAAAAGAGGUUUGAAUUUAAGAUAUGAAUCGUUUUAGGAUAACCAAUAAUUAUUGCUUAAUUAAAAUGUCUAUUUCGUUUAUACAGCAGCUACUGUAUUUUAGUUUUCCUCUUUGAAUACUUUUCCUCUGUAUUGAUUUAUACGCGCUUGACGUUUCGUACACAUGGAUGUCACAUCAACAUCAUCAACAGCCGUUUAUUAUCCACCUGAGGUUGGUUGUUCAAGGCUGGGUUCUUUUAACCCUAGUUUAAAUUAAAAUUUAAAGCAAACUUCUUCACAGCUUGUCUAUAAAUUUGGAAAUAUUUCGUCAGAGUUCUUGUCUGGAUCGAUAGGAGAUUACUUCCCUGAAGUUUUGAAAUAAACAGAUGUCAUGCAGAAAUGCACAAAUUAAAACUGAGCAGGAUAAAUUUUAACCCUGGGUUAGCGCUAGCUCACAUUUGAACAACCGCCCCCUGGAGAUUAGAAAAGAAUAGAGGCGGUAUUGCGGGAUAAACUCAUACGGAAGGGUUGAAUUGAAGCUUCCUAAUGGAGUUUGGAUUCAAAUCCAGUGCGGGUAUAUAAUAUGGCACGGCUGUAAAAUCCAACACCUAUUUGUUUUCAUUGUAACUUCCUUAGCAACAUCGCCUUGACGAUAACAUGCAAACAGUAGUCAUCCCCGUUAAGAGGCAGGCAAGUUAUGCCCGAGAAACAAGCUGCGUUUCAGGUCAUUUCGAAUAUUGAACAGUACGCCUGUGUGAUGAUUUACAUCAUAGAUUCAUGUCAAAUAGUAGGGCAGUAUAUCUUCAUGCGAAAAAAUUCAUUGGGUUGCUACAUUAUGUAUUCUCACGGCCGCAUUGCUCUUUGUAUUCUUUUAUAAUGUUAAAUAGUAAUGUACAGGGCUUGGGUUGAUAGGGAUGGAACUGCCUGAAAAAGACAAAAAGAACUUCUACGUUUCGAGCGAAGGUCCUCCAUCUGGAAGUUAGUUCGAAGCUAAUGGUCAUGUACAGGUUCUUAACCACAACAGCCUUGCUCCAACAUGCAUAAAUCUCGUCAGUCUGCUUAAUCGUUGGGCUAAACACGUUGUUGGAUUGUUUUUUAUCUUGCAGAACCAAUUUCAGUAGUAACAGAGUAUUGCGCAAGAGGAAACUUAAAACAUGUUUUAAAAAAGUACGGUGAAAUACUAAAUGGAACUAUUCCUGCAAAAUCUGAACCAAAGUUAACAAACGACCAACUGCUUAGUAUGUCUGUAGAUGUGGCAUGUGCUAUGAAACACUUAGUAGCGAUGAAGGUAAGAAAAGAACCAGUGCGGGGAAUGAUAAAUUUGGUGAAUCGUCCUAAUUUAUUCAAAAGAUGAGAGGUUUGGCAACCCAUUCUUAACUCAAAGUUCAGCAAAGUGGUUCAUGCACUAAUGUUUCUCCGUGGUGUUAUUUGCAACGAUUUUUCCUUUCUUUUGCGAUAGUUUGUUCACCGUGAUCUUGCUGCUAGAAAUAUAUUAGUCACAGAAUCAUGGGUUGCAAAAAUAUCUGACUUUGGCCUAGCAAGAGAAACAUCAAUUGACGGAGAAUAUGUCAAGAAUCGCAGGGUAGGAUUAAACAUUAUAAUUUAUAUACUGUAUAUGAUAAAAAAAUUGCUUUUAAUUUCAUGCAGUUCAAUAGAGUCAUUAUCACAGUUCAAUUGUUCACCUUAAACCCACUAAGAUUUCAUUUACGAAUAUUUUUAACCUAAGCUUCUGUAACACGAACAUUUUCAUUUGAAGGAUCCCGGAUGAGCAAUUCUAACCAUACCUUAAAAUAGGUGCUUACCCUGGUUCCAAAGGCUCUUUGCUAGGCGAAAGAAACUAGAGGUGAGAAGGAAGAUCCUCUGGUCACAUCGGUUGCCAAUUCCACUUCCACACUUGAUUAGGUUCAGAAUUUGAAUCUCGCAUGUGAUUGGCCAUUUUUAAAAAUAUGUCAACCUGGUUUGGGAAAUAAACAAGCUAAUUAUAGCUUCUGUAGCUAUAAUUAGCUUACAGUAAUGUUGGUCUCUCAAACCGGUUUGACAUAUUUUUACAAAUGACCAAUCACAUGCGAGAUUCAAAUUCUGAACCUACCCAAGUGUGAAUGGAAGUGGGAUUUGGAACCAAUGUGACCUUUCGCCUCGCAAAGAGCCUCGAUCUGCAUGAACCAGGGUAAAUCGGUGCAUAAUCGAGUGGAUUUUGGACUACUGGUCUCAUUCUACGUGGGUCAUGUUGUGGAAGGGCAUAUAAUAUUAGUCCCCAAAUUGGAAAGGAAAUAAUGUACUAGGAACGAGCAUCUACCUCUACAUAAAUCUGUACCGUAGUAUGAAAUUUAAGUUACAGGUGUGGACCAAUUAAUAUAGAUUUCAUACAUUUCCUUCUAAUUGAAACGUCUUUUUUUAAAGAAUUUAUUACCAGUCAAAUGGACAGCAAUCGAAGCACUAGUUGAGGGAAAAUUCACUUCCGCAAGUGAUGUGUGAGUAUAGUUAUUGUAAUCAAUAAUAUGAUAAUACAUGAGGAAUUUACCAUUUGGAUACGCCGUCCAGGCAGGUGGUCGAUAGUAUCAUCAAAUUGCUACUUUUAGACCGAUGUAAGAGCGCGUUUUGACUGUUAUCAAUUGCAGGUUUGGCAGAGUUGUUUAAGGCGACCAAGUGCAUACAUGAUUGUUAAAAAAAAUUAAAUCUGGCCCAAGUUAAAUUCAUUGAAAUUACCAAACACUGCAAUUAAAAAGUUAAAAAGCUAAGAAUCCUAAAUUUUCGAUUGCUAACUGCUACCUUCGUCAGAGUAAUUUGAAAAACACGAUCGGAUCAAACGCUUAAUGCCUUCGGGUCUUACCCCGUGCGCUGGUUGAGAGCAAGCUCGUGUGUAUAAAUGAGACGAUAAAAAGUAAAAUUGUAAGAUAGUAUACGUAUAAAAAUUUAAAAAAAAAUUGUACACGCAGAAAAUGCGUUUAUGCACCUCUCCCUCUCACUCCGCUUUUUCUAUCUUACCUCUUCUGUCAUGUAUGCUAACCUAGAAGGAGAAUUGGGUAUAUUCAUGAGUUCGUUGGUCAAUAAUUAAACUAUCCUUUAAUUUCUAGGUGGAGCUACGGUGUUGUUUUGUGGGAAAUAGCAAAUAUCGGUAAUUAAUUUUAAGACGAAUUAAUUGAACAUUAAUCCUUCCUUUCCUGGAAUGUAAUAAUGCAAAGUCAUUUUAAGAAGUCUCGCGUUUUGCUGUAUUUCUCUCAUCUCACGUUUUGCUGUAUUUUUUACAUCAUCUUUAUCGUUUUCCCAUUUUUUUAUAAAUGAGAUAUUUUCUUCAUCCAUGCAGGUGGAACACCGUAUAAAGGAAUUUCACCACACGACAUAAUGUCGCAUGUUGGUUCUGGUGGUCGAUUGGGCAAACCGGAUCGUUGUUCACCUUACCUGUGAGUAGGAUCAGUCACUUAUUUAAGAGACCUAAAGUCCAAUACAGAACUGCCAUAGAAAAUAACUAAUUUUUGCUGAGAAUCAGUAACAUGUGCUCUAACACUAAAAAUAUUUCAGUAACGGUUAUUUUCCUUUCCCCUAACAUUUUGUAUAAGUUAUAUUACUUGGAUUACAUAUGUUUCUCCAAACUAAAUAAUUUCCAUAAUUCGUGGGGAAACUGCUGUAACCGUUUUCAAGUACUUAAUCCAUGUUUUUUGUUAUGGUGCAUGACCAACUCAGCUACAAGGUCAUGUCGAAAAUGUGUUAUCAUAUGCGUACAGUAUAUUAAUAAUAACAAUAUAUUGAUUCAUGCAUGUAUUGCUAUAUUAAGGAAUUCGAAGUAUUGUCAGUAAUUGUAAUAUAGUCCUAUAAUAAUAUUAAGAAAUCAAAAUAUUUUGCAAUCUUGUUUGUUGGCUGGAUCAUAGUACAAUAUUAUACGUCAACUUAAAAUUGUUCAACCAGAAAGCUCAGUUUGUGGCACAUGAGCAUGAAGUUAAUCGCGAUAUCACGCCUUACGUCAUCAAUUGGCGAGCCUGCGUUCCUUUUGACAAUGUUUCACCUCGUGUUCCCGGGGAACAUGGGGUUGAACAUUAUUCGACGUAGACCAUGCGAGACAACACGCAUGACAACAAGAUGGUCGAUAAAAUAAUAGUAAGGGGUGAUGAAUACUUAAACUAAAAAAACCCUGGUUUUUUGAAAAGUUUUGUCAUUAAUAUUCCAAACGAUAUGUGAUUUGAAAGAAAAGCGACGAUACUUGCGUUAAUCCUAAAAUAAAACAUCGUAUUCACGAAAGUAAGUGUCAAGUUUAACUUCUCAACUUGGAGGCUUUUAAUUUUCGGUAUAAUAUAUCAUUUACAGACCUUCUGCUCGGGGGAUUCGGCGAAAUAUUACGUACCCUCAGUGAUGAUAUUUCGCUCGGGCCAAAGCCCCUUUGGAAAUAUCAUCACUUCGGUAAUAUAUCUCCGAAUUUUCCUCGCUCCAGGUCUAGAGUAGAUCUGUAAAUUAUAGAUAAAAGUGCACUGGUUAUUAAUUCAAUGUCCAUUAUUACUAAUAUCUAUUAAAAAUUAUUUUAAUUUAUAGGUUCUCAAUUAUGUCAGAAUGCUGGGAAACUUUACCAGAAAAGCGACCUACUUUUACAACUUUGCAUCAAAAACUGUCUGCUAUGUUAGAAGAAGAGGUAUAAUGGUGAUAUAUGUAACACUAUAUUGUUUUUAAAAAUAUAAUUUGUAUCAAAUGCAUACGAGACAUACAAAAUUAGCAUACAUCUUCAAAUGUUUUGGAUAUGAAUUUCUGGAGAAAUAUUUGACUUGUAUAACACAAUAACUAAGGAGUUCGGAUUUCUUAUAAAAGUACUCAACCUUAGAGUGGCAACAAUAAAGUCACAUCAUGGCGGAUAUUUUAUGUUUAAAAUAAUUUAACUAGAAAAAAACUUGACCUUCAUUUUUUAUUUCAUAAAAUGAUUUCUAUUGGUAUUUUGAAUUAAUUUUAUGAUUUAACAAAAAAAUCUAUAAUGCCAAAAGAAAAAUUAUUACGAAUUUUCACAUUUUCGUAUCUUGAAAAAUUUCGGCAUACCAACAGAAAUCAUUUUAUCAUUCAACAUACCAACAGAAAUCAUUUUAUGAAACAAAAAAUGGGGCCAUCGAAGUAUUUUUCGAGUUUAAUUACUUUAAAAAUAAAAUAUCCGCCAUGUUGUGAUGUCAUUGCUGCCAUGGCAACGGCUAUUAGAAGUAGCUUUCGAAAAAUUACGAACUCUUUAGUUAGUGUUGUCUGCUAGUUAGAUACUCUUCGCUUUUACACAUGUAAUAAUUGUCCAGAGAAUCAUAUCCUACUCCGAAAAUCUUUAAUAUUAAUUUAAAAAAGUGUAUAGGGAACCACCUUAAUUUAAUAGUUCAAAAGUUCAUUUGCAUAACUUCUUCCCUUCUAGACAACAUACAUCAAUGUUGGGUUCCUGAGUGACGGUGGCAAGGAUAACAAUGGAUAUUAUGAAAGAUAUACAACAGCCUGACAAUAAUAAAAGUAAUUAUAUAAGAGAAAUAAGAAUCAAACAUCAAUUGAAGAACAGAAUGAGUCUGUUUUUAGCUUAGAUUGAUUUACAUUUGUUUCAAUUAAAAAUAAUAAGAAUUUAUUGCUAAAAUAUAAUACUAAAAUUAAUUUACGGAACAUAAGUCGAUACGUUUGUCUGGGAGACCGACUCGUGCGUAACCUGCCGUCCUUCAUGGAAAAUGUUUAUACCGAGAGACUCGACUUGUCGCUAUUGCAGGGAAUUUCGUAGACUUGCUACAAGUCGACCAUGGGGAGGGAGGGCGCGAAAUCGACGGAAAUGUGAAAGAAAUUUAAAUGAAUCUUCAUAAUCUGAGUAUCGAAGUUCAAUAGAGUCAUUUUUAUAAAGAAAUGUUACAAUUAAGAGGAUAUUUAUAAUUAGAUAGCUCGUGUCCAUUGAUAUUCGUUUGCAAUUCCUCAAUAUUUUUCGAUGCAAAUGGACAGAAGAAGAUAUUGAUAUUGAAUUCACUCCAGGAUACUCAAGUACGCCUGAAAAUGAAAGUCGAAAACAUGUUUUAAUACCCCCGAUGGUUGAUCGAACUUCGCCACAAACGAUUAUAUACGACGCCAUAUUGAUUGCAUUAACUCGCAGAGGCUUCCUUUAUUUAGCUCUUCCCAUCACUCCUUGCGCGCUCACUUUUCCCUCACUAGAAACUUCGUAUAAGCCUCUGCGGAAGAGAGAGCACCAAGUGUGGAAACGAAAUAACUGAUCGAAGUAAGCGACGAAAGCUGUUCAAUAUAUCAACAAAAACAAGUGCAUGUAAAAACUUAUUGAAUCUGGACAGUAGUUUGUCAAACAAUGCGUGCCGUAAUUAUGCCGACAAGAAUAGUAAUUUAUUAAACUUAUUAUAGAAAGUUGAUUCAGUUCGCCAGCGAUUUAAUUAACGUAGUAGAAGUUAAUCUAUAAAUUGAAAAGAAUCAGACAACUGUAACCAAUGUUCAAGAAGCAGAGAGACGGCGACUGUGAUCAUCAGAUGCAUCUUCGGUGGCAGUAUUAAAGUUUAUUUCUACACCCUGUGCUUUGCACUCAAUGUAAUGUUUGUUUGUGUAUUCAGUUUACAUGGUUUUUGUGUUCUACAAAAUUGUAAUUACAUUGUUUACCCUGUUUGCUUCAAUAAUACACAUUUGUUCAAUAAAAAGCCUGAGAAUAUAAUAUUAUUUUCAGACUCCUUCGAUAAUGACCGAUAAUGUAACCGCUUCGGCCUUCAAUGUAAACAAUGACGUCACCGGUGGGGUUUUCCAACGGUGACAUUUGGCGCGCUGCAAAUGAAAAGUCCUUUCCACAGAGGAAGUGAAGCGCACCAUAGAAGAGCCUGGAAAGGACAUUGGAAAGUCUAGGAAUUGCAACCCAAGGAAUUGUUGUUGCGAUAAGUUGUUUGACAGUACCAAAUUCUAAUCAAAACAAAUAGUUAAAAAUUAUUCACGUUUGUUUCCCCAUCAGCGGUUUCAAUUACGCAUGCAACACAUAAAAAUAAACACGGAAAAGUCCUCGAUCAUAAUGCGUGGGCAAUUGUUUUGUGCGUUUGGCUAAUGCGCAGCAACUAGGGGCGCUUCGUUUAACACGGCCAAACCGGUCAGAACGAUCAAAUUAUUGAAUGAAACACAAAACAUUUCGGCUUAGGACCUAUAUGACCGGAAAAUUUUGAUAACAGAAUGAGGUCCAUUUUCGCAAGAUAUUUGAGAAAUAUAGACCAGAUCGUAGCCUCCUCCGCAGGCCUCUCUAUGGGUUUUAGCCUGCGAAUGGGUUUUGAAAAAAAAAAUUUCUGGGAGAGAGGCCUGCCAUAAAUCGAACAAAAUAGACGUAUCUCAAAUAUUAGUGGCCGUGUUAUUUUACCCCACCCCCUAAGUAGGCUUUUGACCCUAAUUAUAUAUUCAGUUUGAAAUCUUCGGGCGAGGAGCGAAACUUGCAAGUAUAAAAAUCUUUAAAAAUGUUUUAUAAUGCGUCGAAAUAUUCAAGUUAUACGAAAAUUAAUUGGUCAAUUGAAAGCAUUAUAUCCUGAAUUAUAUAUCGCAAUGUUCAUCGCGGUAUAAAAAUCGAUCGCUCAAAGCAGCCAAAUGUUUUCAAUUAUUAAUGUAUAAAUUGUUCAGCCGAGGAAUUACAAUUUCUGAAUUUGAGGAAAUUAUCUGGCAUAAUUUCGAACGCAAAACGAAGAAUGGAACGAUAAGAAAGGUAUAAUUUGUUUAAUAAAGGGAUUAUAUUAAAUUGUAUUGUUUUCUGGAAUAUUUGUGUUGCCAUUUUGAUUUAUAUUUUACUAUACUUUUUCAACAGUCAAAUCAUCAGGCAUUUGGCAACAUGCUCAGUGAAAUGAUGUAUAAAAGGAAAAGAUCUUUCUGUUGAAGCAACCAUUUCAAUAUUAAAGUGACUGCAACUUGGAAAUAUAAACUAACUGUAGAAUUUUUUUGGCAUCUUAUAUAAAGCCUGCAUUACCUGUAUGCAUUACCUGUAUGCAAAGCCUGAAUUACCUAUAUGCCUACCACAUUAUUAUUUAAUAUGCCUGAGAUUGAUGCAUACAUUCUUUUGUGAAUUAUUUGGUUGAACUGGUAACCUGCCAACAUACCACUUUAUUUUUCACCCUGCUCGGUUUCCUUUGUUCUUAGCGGGGAAUAUAUUCAAUAUUCCACUCUAAUCAAUUUCCGUUUAAUAAUCCCCUCUAAUAUUCACCUGCAGUUAAUAAUCCCCUCUAAUAUUCACCUGCAAUGUCUUUGCAGCACAAAAAAUGAAAAAAAAAACAUAACGAAGGCAAUAUGGCAUUAAGAAUUAUUUCUAUUCUGACUCAUUAACGCGACCUCGCAGUGUGAAAAAUAAGUACGUUAUUUUGAGGCACCUCGGGGAUAUGUGUUUAUUCACCUCGGCGCUGCGCGCCUCGGUGAAUAAAUCACAUAUCCCCUCGUUGCCUCAAAAUAACCUAUACGUAUUUGUGAACUAGGCUUCACUCAG